ACAAGGAAUGGAGUUUUCAGAUCGUUGACUUUUUCACGUUUAAUUGAACUUCAAAAACAAGUUGAUUUAGUCCUAAGGACUCAUCGGGUCAGCUUUUCUCAUGUUGGCUGCUGCUUUAUAUACUUGUUUCCUCUUGUAUUCUAAUAUCCUUUGCUUUCCUCCUCAUUUUUUCUCCCUGGCUGAUCGUCCCUUUUCUUUCUUGCUGGAAGAAGAAGAAGAAGAAGAAGAAGAAGAAGAAGAAACUAGUAUAUUCAUAUAGUUGAGCCUUAUUUAUUAUUAUUAUUAUUCUGAUAGACCAGCACAUGGAGAUUUACACAUCUUUUUCUUCUUGUUUCGCUGCAUGGGUUUCUGCAAUUUCUUGCAGCUUGUUUUUCGCAAUCUCUGCAUUCGUAUUCGCAGUAGUUGGCACAACACUAGGAGCCAUGGCUGGAGCUCGGGUUGGAUUGAAAAGCAAGAGUGGCUUUCUUCAUGGCGCCACAGUUGGAACCCUUAUGGGGUGUAUUCUCUCUGCCGAAAUCUUCAAACUAUCACUUGCUUUCUGGGAUUCUGAUGAUUGUGUAGUUAGGUUCUUCAUUUCUUUGAUUGAAAAAGUUUCACAUUGCCUAAAAGAAAGACUCAUACAAGGAAGGCUUAGUCCAGCCAUGAAUGCUCUGCAAGAAACUCAGGUUGAUGGUGUCUUUAUAGCAAGCAAGGAUGUCCGAAGGACGCAGAAAAUUCCAAAGAUUGAACUCGCAGACGAAAACAUAGUAGAUACCUUACGCAAUGGAGCAUCCUGUUCAAUUUGUCUUCAGGACUUCGAGGUGGGGGAAACGGUUUGUAGCUUGCCCCAUUGCCACCACACCUUUCAUCUACCAUGUAUUCUUAAGUGGUUUGAUGGACACUGCUCUUGCCCGUUGUGUAGAACAAGAUUAUCCAGAACGUGGAUCAAUGUAGCAUGUAAAAUGAGAAAAGAACUGCAAAAUGCAAGUUAGCAUAGAAUAGAAUGCAAUGUGUGAGAAUAGAUUCUUUUACAUCUUGAAUUGUACGCAUCCUGAUCUAGAAAUAUGAUGAUGAUGAUAUCAAAUUAUUGGUUGAUGGGUUA